UCGACGUGUAGUUAACAGUGACGGAUUCAGUGACCACGCGGGUGUAAACAAACAAGUGCAGUUGAGUUUCUAUGAUUAUUCAGACACUCUAACUUGUCUAAACUGGUGAAUUAAAGAUAUUUUUGGUUCCGUAUGGAGAUAUUCGGCAGCACGUUUGACGACUCCGUGUUUUCGGAGGCCAGAGACCGGGUGUGUGUGUCUCUGUCCGCUUAUAACGCCAAAUUGUGUGAACCUGAGUGGUUUUGUGACAGUGCUGCUCUCGAUACUGAUGAUUCUUUGGAGAAGCAGAAAGUCUACAAGUUUAGAGGUGACCUGGCCGUGAGACAAGGAAACUACAAGAAAGCCCUAGAUGCGUACAGCAGCUGCCUGCAGUGGAUCGCUGACAACAACCUCACCAUCAGACGAGAUGUACUGGAGGGAAUGGCCCGAUGCUGCACCAAACUGGGUCAGAGAGACAGAGCAGUGGAGCUGGCAGAUUUACUGAGCAAAGAAGCCUCCAACACUUGUCACCUGACCGGCCUCCUGCUGCUUAAGGUCAGCAUCUACCAGCAUUUUGGAGCCGUCAGAUCAACGAUGUUGUCUCUGCAGCAGCUGUGCAGCCUGCUGCCCUUCAACCCCUGGCACUGGUUCAGUCUGGGACAGACUUGUUUGCAGCUGCUGGACAGCGACAGAGCCACAGGAUCCUGCAUCUCCAAGAGUUGUGAAUCAGCAGAAAAGCAGGAGGACGGAGAUUCUGAGGAGCAACAGGAGGCAGCAGAGCUCAAUGAGGACAGAAUCUGGCUCAAAGCCUGUACCUGUUUCAUCAGAACAAGACUCCUGUUGAGAAUCCUUCGGCAGCAGCAGUCCUCUUUUGUGUUGCAGCGCAGCGAAAACGCUCUACAGAUGACAGAAGAGGCGUUGCAGCGGCUAAACCCCAAAGAAGCAACGCUGCAGGCUGUUACUGAGGUGAUGUCAGAGGAUCUGAUCCCAGAGAAGAUGAGGGAGGACUACCAGGACGGGGAGAGUCUGACCAGUGUGUGUCUGCAGAGCUUCAGAGAACGGUGGUGGAACAAGAUCUUGCUGACAGCAGUGUUAGAGACUGAUGGAUGGCAGCACAGCACAAAGUCAUGAAGCUCCACUAUCUGAAUGGUAACACAUGCUGAAGAUGUUUCAAACAAAUGCUAACUUAUAAUGCUUCAAAUCUUUAACAAAAGCACAAUAUUCACGUUCGUAAGCAUUUUUUUCAUUUGCUGCUUCACAUGAUUGAGAAACGGACACAGUGAAUGUAGUUUUUGUUCAUCUGAAUAUAUCCACCACUCCUUAAUGUGGAAAAUAACGUGUUUGUUCUGCAAGUGACACAUUUUUUAGCGUUUACAAAAAAAUGGAACUUAUGCCUUAACAUGCUCAUAAAACAAAAUGUUGAUAUUUUAUUAUGAAUAAAAAUACUAAAAACAAA